AUGACCUUGCCUGAGCUGCAAAUGAGCAAUGUGGGAGAUGACACUAACACAUUGCAAUGUUUGCCUGGGAUCCAGGGGCUAGCUAAUAAAGCUAGUGCACAAAGAGCCACUUUCUUCCUGCACCCCAUCUAUCUUUCUUGUGUGGAAAAUCAAACAGAACCAGUAGAGAAAAACAUUCAACAUGCUAAGGAAGCAAUCAUUAUAGACAAAAAUUGCUUCGUCCAUGCAUCAGAAUCUGCAGUCAAAGCAAUGAACAUAACACAUGUCAAACGAACAAUGAAACACAUAACGGAUCAAGUGCGGUGCGACAAGCACUAG